CGACGCGUCACAGAGAGGCCGCCUGCUGAGCAAGCUCGUGCCCGAACGGUGGCUCGCGACUGCCUCUUCCAGGCAGGAUGGCGGCCCAGCCUGGGCCCAAGGCUCCGUACCCGCCUCAAUGCGGUGGCACGCUCCAGACAACAGGUAACACCAACUGGGAUUCGUAUGCUACCACAACGAAGACGGCAUUCACAUACAAGACAGGAGCAGUGCCAGCCUUGAUCCGUCAGAAGAGCACCAACAGAUUAGGAUACACAUACUCACUUGGAGAUCCUAUUCUGAAUCAGACUCAUUACAAUGAUGAAUAUGUUUGGAAACCAUAUUCUAAAGAAAAGCCAAUAGAAAAUGAGGCUUCAAGAAGAAUCAAGAUCUACGAAUCGCAUCCCACUCAAAGAUUUCAGUGGACACUGCCUAAAGGGUACACAAUGAUGACACCAAGAAGUGGCCUCCCUUCGGAAAUUCCUGCUUCCAUGGAAGAAAUUCAGAAGGCAAUCGCAGAUCAGUUUAUUUCCUGUACGAAGAGAGACUUCGUGGACGUAGCCAAAGAACAAAAGAAUAAGAAAAGUCCUCAGGUGUCCCUGGAGUGGAAAAAGUUCCUUCCCCGGCCUCUAGACACUGAAUUUCGACGGAAUUACCAAAUUCCAGUUAAAAUUCCUGAGUUGCAGGACUUUACUUUCCGAUAUGGAUGCUACUCAAGCCUGCGAAUUCCUUCUCGGGGUCUGGUUCCCUCUGUGCUGCACAGUUACAUGAGGAAUCAAGAACGGACGAAGCAGCAGACCAUGUACCAAAGUGAAUACGGGAAAGCCUACCUGGACUUCCUAACGAUCCUGAACUCCUUUACUCCUGCUCAAAUCGAUGAGUACCUUCAGAGUGUUUCCGACAAAGACAGACAAAUACUUGAGCGCUUUAUCCGUUCUCACUGUGAUAUCAACAAAGAGAAGAAAUGAAAAUAGUUUGGAUGAAGAAAACCUGAAGAUUCAUGGAACACAAGAGCCUAUCUAUUCAUUUUGUCAAUAAUCAGGAAAAAUAAGGUGCAAAUUAAUUCAAAUAUGUUGUGAUACUCAAGACUUUAUAUGUUUCACUUCGUUUUAUUUUUAAAUGGUAACAUAUUUAAGGCUACAAAUAUACCUCUGAAUACAGCAUUACCUGUUUCUGAUACAUUUGAUAUAAUGUUUUAUUUCUUUCCUCUUGGGUACUUGUGGUUUCUACUUUGAUGUCUGUUUUGAACCAGGAGUUAGAGGGUAGAUUUCAUAAUUUGGCAAUAAUUAAAACAACAUCUUUUUAUUGUUGAUUUAUCUUUCAAUGAAGUAAAGUAAAAUAAAAUCCACUUAGGGAAGUGUAUCAUUAUUCUCUAAUGCUGUUAAUAAAAUACAUUGUCUAUCCGUGUGUCCCAUGAAUCUAGGAGAAAAAAAUUUAACUUACUGUGUUUUCAAAUUUUUCGUAUCUUUGCCUCAAUUGUAUACUUGAACUGUCAUAUUUUGAAAUAGGAUUGAGACUAUCCCACCAUCAAUGUUUUUGUUAAUUUCUUCUUGUAUUUCUGGGAUAUUGGCUACUUUAUUUUUUUAUUCCAGUAAGAUUUAUUAUCUCCUCUAUAGAGCUUUUUCACUGAUAAACUGUUUCUUGAUGCUGUGUGCAUGUGUGGUUGUUAAGCUUAAUAGUGUUAACUCAGUUGGCUUGGGGGCCACUGAGGAGAUUACUAAAGGACAUUUAUUAAUAAAGGCUAUGUCUGGUUGAGUCA